ACAAAAUAAAUAGAAACAUCAAGUAGGAUAAAGAAGAGAAAAUGAAAAUUAGUAGUAGAUACGAUAAAAGUGGUGGAAGUGCAAUCGCUAAGAACAGAGACGACAAAUCCUGUUUCUAAAAUAAACCAAAGAUAAGUGAUCGAAAACAAGCGUGUCGAAACGUUCGUUGAACAUUCAUUGAGGGUUAGAAAUGGACAUCGCAUUGUAUAUAAAGGCUAUAUAAUUUACAGUAUUGUUUUGUAUGAUAUUCUAGUAGCCGUUAAAAAGAGUUACGAAUAAUAAGAUUUGUUUAACUGAAACGACUCGUGAUUGAAUGAGCAUAACCUAACUAUGAGUAACAAGACCAACAACGGAGGUGAAAUAGAUCCUGUACAGGGUCUGAAACUAUUGCCAGGCAAAGUGCGGGAAGUUGGGAAUUACGCGAUCUGGAGUUUGUCCAGCUGCAAGCCCGGUUUCGGAGUGGACCAGCUUCGCGACGACAUCACAGAAACGUAUUGGCAAUCGGACGGACAGUUACCUCAUCUGGUAAACAUUCAGUUCAAGAGGAAAACGACUAUACGCGACAUAUGCAUUUACACGGAUUACAAGCUAGAUGAGAGCUAUACUCCCAAUAGAAUAAGUAUCAGAGCUGGAACCAACUUCAACGAUCUCCAGGAGGUGGAGGUGAUGGAUCUGAGCGAACCAAGUGGCUGGGUAGUGAUACCUAUUAAAAACAUCAACGAUCGCCCCAUUAGGACAUUUAUGAUUCAGAUAGCUGUCAUCAGCAAUCAUCAGAAUGGCAGGGACACUCACAUGAGACAGAUCAAGAUUCACAGUCCCGUUCAAGAUAUCCUCGGUCCACCGGCGCCUUACAUUCCAGGACAGUUUCUUACUAAUGAACUGUUACGCUAUGCCACUAUUAGAUAGAAUUUAUAAAUUAAGCUUGUCGAACAAUAAAAUUAUUUAUUUGCUGAAACA